ACAUGAGGAACCCAAAGAAGAGCCACGCGAUCUCCCCGCAGGUGGAGAAGCGGAAGAGCUGCGGGAAGCCGAUCGGCUGUGUGGGCUCCAGUCCUGCGGCCACCGGCGCCUCAUCCAGGGACUUGCCAUCGGUUGUCGUCGUGCCAGAAGCCUCGUCCAUCUAUCGGUACGACGAAGGACGGAGGAAUAGUGUUACUCGAGCCAAGACCCGCGAUUUAUUCACAGACACGGACAGAGACAGACGGCACGCAAAGGUUAAUUCAAGUACUGCCACACUCUCAGAGGCAUGUAUCUGUAUCUGUGGCUGUGGCAAGGGUACAGCAGCUACUUUGUAUCUUUUGCCAUAG